CGAGGGGGAAACUUGCAGGAGCUAUAGCUUGCUCAGUUUGCUUUUGGAGAUUACUUUGCCUCUCUGAAAACCGUCACCAUGGUCGACGCCUUCUGUGCCACUUGGAAACUGGUUGACAGUGAGAAUUUUGAUGAUUACAUGAAAGCACUUGGCGUGGGCUUCGCCACCCGGCAGGUUGGUAAUGUGACCAAGCCGACUGUGGUGAUCAGCCAGGAGGGCGACAAGGUGGCGAUCCGCACCCAGAGCACCUUCAAGAACACUGAGAUCUCCUUCAAGCUGGGAGAGGAGUUCGACGAGGCCACCGCCGAUGACAGGAACUGCAAAUCCAUUGUGUCUCUGGAGGGAGACAAGUUGGUCCAUGUCCAGAAGUGGGACGGCAAAGAGACCAAGUUUGUCAGAGAAAUCAAGGACGGCAAGUUGGUCAUGAAUCUGACCUUCGAAGACAUCCACGCCGUGCGUAGCUACGAGAAAGCAUGAGUGCCCCCCCCGCCGGCGCCCCAAACCAGCCAAGAAGUGUUGAUGUUAUAAUUAUUAUUGACUGACUGUCUGCUUCUCUUUGCACUUCAUCUACAUGUUCACGACCCGCAGGCUGCACAUUUUGUAAGAUUGAUUUUUUCUUUUUAUAUGAAUACAUUUCUGUCUCGGUGGAUGGAUCAUCUUUGCAAACCUGUGUGAAACAUGAAAUAAAAAAUAACACGGAAAGUAAA